UAUGUAAUUGGCUGAGGUGUUUGUGUAUGACGUAGCCCAAUUGUCCAUCUUGUAUAUAAGAUUGGACAUCGUUGCAGGAUUCAGAUGUGGUGCGGGAUGUUGAGGAGUCUCUUACCAGAAGUCAAAGCAAAGACAUGGCGACUCUAGACGUACGUGUGUUACUCUACUUGUGCGGGAUCGUGGGAUGCUGGGCAGAUCCCUGCUUAAAUCCUAUGAAAGUUCCAAGUCUUGAGAAGAGAGACCGUGAAUACGUCCUAGCAACAGGUGAGAGAGCCCUCAACGACAGACUGCUCACAGAGGGGUGGUAUGACGCCGGAGGGAAAGUAUUGCUGGACUCCGCACCAGGUUUCCAGCACUGUGGUACUCGUUACCCUAUAUGGAGAAAACAAAAGAAUGGUGACAACUCUGUAAUGUGCAUUCAAAGCCACAGCGGCACCUGUAUCAGGGAGAUGAACAUUGAAACCAAAAUGUGCGGCGAGAAGGAGAUAUUUAAUUUGCAGAAAACAAUAUCCUCGAGUGCAUAUUGUUUUGGUAAACCAGGCGCACCUCCAACAUUUGCCGUGAAACCCACUGUUACUACCCAACUUCACAAUGAUACGUAUACGAGCAAGCUGGAGUUCCGUUGUGAGUUCAGCAAACACGAUGAUGACGUCUUCUACGCUACCAACUGGGUCGUUAACGGCGAACUUGUCCUCACUGAAGAUGCUAUGAGAUGGGACAAUGGAGACGUUAUAGACAAACAUACUCUGACAGAGGUUAAACUGAUCAGCGUUCACGUAACUCAAGUUGGAUUCGAGCUGCGGUGUUCAGUCAGAGCUAGCCACAGAGAAGACACGGCAGCCAGUAUUCCUGUCUUGUCAGACUCCAAGUUUAUAGGGAUUAAGAUAUCUGAUAAAACACUUGAGCUGUCAGAAGGGGAGUUCGCUGACAUAUCCCUCCAGCUGACGGCACCAUUUGGAUGUGGGACUGAACCUGGUCGAUGUGAACUAAACAUAGAAUCUGUUCACCUAGAGAUCACGCCAGAUUGUGCAGAAGCGAAAUUGGCAAGUUCAACUUGUGGAAAGGUUAUUUCAGCUUCGGAGUGGGAUAAAGCUGCCACGAUCAGGGUAUUUGGUCAGGUUUCUCAGAGCCUUGGAUCAUCAAGUAACACCUUGAAACUGAAGCUGGCAACCCCUGACGUACUACUUGACAACAUGUUUUGGGCCAACUACACUUUCGGCAUCAUAACGGUUCAGCUGAAAAAGAACACCACGCUGAUUGCGGGGAAGUCGUGUUAUGCUAUCAAUGACCCACACAUACAAACAUUUGAUGGAAGGCGAUACGAACAUCAAUAUGAAGGUGUCUUCACUAUGUAUAAGCACACAACCUUUCCCAUUGAGGUUCAAAUACAGACAGCGGACUGUGGAAGCGGUACGUACAACGCGUGGUGUAACUGUGGAGUUGCUAUACGAGCUGGCAGGACGGUGUUUGAGUUUAACAGGUGCGCGGGACAGUCCAGUAUCUGGACAAUAGAAUACACACUGUGUGAAGACAGUGGAGAUGUACUACAGGUCAAAAAGAAGGGCACUAGUUAUGAGGUGUAUCUGCCCACUGGAGGAAGAGUGACAGUGACUGUCUAUGGCAUCUACCUGAACGUUUACAUCUACCCGUCAAUCCAAGACGUAAAUAACACCCGUGGUCUCUGUGGGACACUAUCAGCAGACUGCAGCGACGACUUUUUCCUGAGGGACGGCACCUACUCCUCAGACGUCACGGCUACGGGUGACUGCACAACUACAUACAACAACUGGCAGAAUCUUCUCACAACAUUCUCGAACUCAUGGAAGGUUGACAAUGAAACUUAUAGGGUCGAUAAUGUAAGUAACCUGUUUGAUCCGAACGCCCUUACAUCACUGCCAGCGUGGCCACGGACAAACCUUUAUUGUUCCUGUUCCCCGGAUCCUCAAUCUACUACACUCACUGAAGCAGUAAAUUGCACUGCAGCUAUUCAUAAGGUGUGUGCCACCCUUCCGGGCUUCACAGAAGUGUUCCCGACGUCGUGCACUAUAACUGAGAGACGCCGGAGAAGAUCUGCAGGUGUUCAUUUGGAAUCACCAAGGAGAAUACGUCGGCAAGCUGCAAAGGUGUGGUCGGACGGGUGGACAGAGGUCCAGGCAAAGACAUUCUGUGAGAAGUUAUUCCAGGAAUCGCAAUCAGUACAAGCGUGCAAAAACGUAUCGGGCGUUGGCAUCAGCGGCAGCAUAGAAAACUGUAUCUUGGACAUUCAGCUGACAGGCACCACAGACUUUUCUCGUUUCUCCGUCGACACGGUGAGAGACAAGUGUCUACAAGAGGUGUUGGUUGACCCGGAACUCAAGGUUAAGAAUGAGACGAGGAAGAUGUCGGUCUAUGACAUUGUUGUGGCAGAGGCUUGUCUGAACGACUGCAGCGGGAAAGGAACAUGUACAAAUGGUGAUUGUGUAUGCCAAACCAACUAUGGCGGCUCCGACUGUUCUGUAGACCUCACAGCUCCCCCUCGACUAUCGGAAACGGAAACGGUUGACACAUGUGACAUGUCACGUGAUGCAUGUGACGUUGUUUCCGUGAAAGGCGAGACGUUUGUCGAUGGUGUAUCAACAUGUUUGGUUGAAGAGAUCAGGGUUAGAAAAUCAGGACAAGAAAUCGUUGUAUCAAAAGUACACAUAGCAACCGUGGUCAACAUCGGUCAUGCGCAGUGUAAAGUUGUGACCAAUGACAACACCGGAAGUGAGGACAGCGAGUAUGUGCGUGCCUACCGGAUAUCGAUUGCCAACAGUGCCGGUAACUAUAGUGACAGUGUGGGCCUGAUUGUGUUUGACAGUACAUGUAUCCGAGCUGAUGGUGGCCGCGAAACAAAGUUCAAGUGGACAGUGAAGGGUCCAUACUGCCUGGACCGAGGGACGUGUGUUUCCCAUGGGGCGAGACAAUCUGGAAACAAGUGUCUGGUGUGUGACGUGUCCGACAACAAGGGCACAUGGAAAACAGGAACAGAGUCGGGAUGCCAGGGUGAGUCUGGGAAGCUUCUUCUCAUAGCUGUAGCUGCUGCUGUCGGGGGAGUCGUUUUCGUCAUCAUCAUCGUUGUUGCGUUGGUCUGCGUAUGCAAAAAGAAAAAUAGAAAGGGGAAGAACGGCAAUGCAGAGGGUAGAGAAAUGACAUAAGAAUCAACACAACUUACAGAUGCGUUGCCUGCACACUGCAAAUGAGCAGUACCUUGCUCAAAUCUAGCAUUUUGGAAAGUGAGAGUUUCGAAUUGUCGUAUGUUCAUAUACUUUUAAUAUCUGUCGAAGGUGUGCGUUGAGAACAUUCAUGUAUAAACAUAUUUAGAAGAUGUACUAGCUUUGCCUUGAGCAGAGAUGUCUUACGAUAAUGGUAGGAUUUGACGCUUCUAUUUACAAAUCUCUACAAAACUCAUUUCCAUAAUCAUGAGAAAUUCCACUUAAACCAGAGCCUGUUGUACGAUUCCAACUACAUGUAUAUCAUGAAAAUUGUGUUUAUAAAUUACUAUCCAACAUUGAUCAUAAGCACAUGCUUAUGACAUAGUCACAGCCGUAUCAUGGACUCUACUUUUAGUGGAGAGUUCAAAUGUUUAGGGAAAUGCCGUUGCUUAUACACUUUUCGACAAGAAAUACAACAUUCCACAUGUCUUAUAAAAACACAUGUAUCCACCAUGGAAUUUUUAGUUCCUUAAAUGUAAUGUUAAUCGUCGAUGUUAUAUGUUUUUUGUCAAUUUAUACUUUCACAAUGUAUUGUCAUGCAUACUUAGAAUCACUUCUGUAGAAACCGCAGCUAUGCAUUUUCUAAUAUUAUGUAUAACAUUGUUCUUGAACGCCCAGCCGCAGUGAUUGAGAAAACAGUACUGUAAAUAUGAGCUUCAGUGGAGUUGACUGGUUCACUCAAAAGUCGUUAUUGUGUUUUGGAACCGAUUAGAAUCAAGUAUUUUUCAUGGUCGUGGUAGAAUGACAACUGCUUAAACACUAUAUUCAGCAUAUAUCCUAGUAACCUUUUCACUUUUGUUUUUAAUUAAUGAAUGGCGAUCUGUAUUACAAUCCAUCUCAUCAUUGAUGUCCUCUGUACAAUCCAUUUAUUUUAGUUACAUGUUCCUAUUUGUUGAUCUUUUUAAAAAAUAAACAAAUAAUGCGCUAA